AUGGAUUCUCCGCCGUCGUCCGUGGAGCGUCACAAACGCUUCCCAGAUUCCCCUGCAUCCGUCAGUCCUACGCACUCGGACCCUACUUGCCGCGAUACACAAGAGCUGACUUCUCCGGCGCAGUCACGCGGCCUGCCUGAAGAGGAAGAUGACCCGCCACGCCACGCUGCUCCUGGAGAAGAAGAUGGUUCGCCCAGCCGCGCGGAGCAGUCUUCGCGGCGACGCUGGUCUUUCGACGACGAGGAUGGAGACAACACCGCCGAUCCCUCGAGUCCAUCACACGGCCUGGUGGCUGCCGCCUCUGCGGCGAAGCGCGUCCCGCGCCGGCAGCCCCCCAUGAACGUCGAGACCUUCUACGCAGCCGGUGAGCCCGGUAAUCCAGGUCCGAUGGAGAAAGACGGGUUCUUCGACAUGUACUGCCGCCUCAAUUUCAUGCGUGUCCAAGAGAGGAAGUUCGCGACCGUGAACCACGGGGCUUCGCGCAACAGGCAGAUCGCGGAGCUGCAAAAGGAAGUCAAGGAGUUGAAGCGUGCGCUGGCGGAGAAACGCGCAAAAAGCGCAGGCGCGGGCAGGUCGGCAAGCGGCGCGCCUGGGGAGCCCUCGUUGAAGGCGAUGGUCGUCGAGCUGGAGUUGAAGUCGAAGCGGCUAGCCUGUCUGCGCGCUAAGCGCUGCAGAGAUCUUCGCCUGGAUCUGAAUCUCCUUCUCAAAUCCAUGGGAGAUCAGCUGUCAGACUUCUACCCCUUCAACGAGAGUCUGGAUCGGAUGGCGCAGCGCCUAGACCAGUUCAGCUGGAAGGCGCCUGCGUGGAUCGGCUACCGGCCGCUGCUCCUUCAAAAACACAAAGCGGGGGGCUAUCAACGCUGGGUCGACGCCGGUUGCCCUGACCCUCCCCACAGCGUGUUUCAACAUAAAACCGCUCAGACGAUGGAAGGCGUCAUGAGAGACGACGAAGCGGAGGACUCUGCAGGAUUCCCCUCGUCAAGCGUCCCUGAAAAGGGCGCCUCGGCGAAUUCGCACUCUGCUCGUUCCCAGGAUGAGGAGGAAUUCCUACCGGAAGCAGAAGGCUUCCGUGUUGAAAUCAAAGCGAGUGACGACGUGUGUAUUGAGACCUCGGUGAAUGUGGCAAUGUAUCUUUUGGCGACAGCGGAUGUGCCUGUGGACCGGCCAGCGCCACACGCCGACGAGGGUCAGUACGAAGAGAACAGAAGACCGGAGGCAACGGUCUGCGGUGGACCGUCGCCCUCGAAGCAGACGACCUCGCCGGCCGCAAGCGACAUGUCGGAAGAUUUCUUGCGGGUGAUGGAGGAGAAGAAACGCGCCGCCAUAGCGAAAAGAGAAGCGCGUUUGGAAGAGAAACGACGCAUGGCUGCGCAGCAGAAGCAGGAUGCAUCCUGA